UCAACAUUCAAAUUUUAAAGUAUGAGCAGAGCUCAGUGAUUCUUACACUUCUUAUUUUGACUAUAUAUUAAAUAAACUGUAACGUGAAAUGUUUUCAUGAACCCUGAACUUCACUUAUCUAGAACACGUAAAAAUACCCACCAAUCCUUCAAUAGUAUAAUUGCACAACAUGACUGAUACACAACACCUCAGCCUAAAGUUUGACCAACUAGAGAAAGCAAAGCAAAUUGCACAAAAUUCAGCCCCAAAGAUACAAAGGGUAGCACAUCAUCUGCGAGAUCGAAAACAUUUUGCCAAGCAUUACUUACCCAGGUUGGUGUCAAUUGGUCCAAUCCAUCAUGGUGCAGAGAAACUGCAGCUGGGAGAAAAAUACAAGGUUAUGUGGGCAGCAAUGUACCUCGAACGCACCAAACAAGAUGCACAAACUCUGUACCAAAAGAUUGCAUCAAAUAUUGAACAACUGAAGGAACUGUUUUCUGAGGAUGUUGUUAGAGACUUCCCUGAUGAUGAAAAGCUCUCGUGGUCGUGGAUGCUAUUUGUGGAUGGAUGUUCUCUGCUACAAAUCUUGGAGAAGGGAAAACUUCAUUAUCCAAAAGAAAUGAAUGUAAAGGUUGAUCAACUGGCUCUUGUGUGGCAGGAUGUGCUCUUGUUAGAGAACCAGCUUCCCUAUCAAGUGCUUAAACUGUUGUCAGACCACGGGAAUGAUGCAAAGCUAGUAAAGAGCAUGAAUGAGUUUCUUAAGUGCCAUCAUUUGUCACCAGUUAGACAGGAGCAAAAAGCUAAGAAACAGGACAUGGGCAAUUUUAAAAGCAAGGAUGAAGAUAGAGCAUUGACUGAAGAAGAGUACAGAAGCGUUUGUGUAAAGAACGAAGACACCCUAAAAGGAGAACAUAGAAUAGAAAUAACCCAGGAAUCACCUAUUCAUCUUCUUGAUCAGCUUCGCAGAUAUGUCCUUGAUGACCCACAUGAGAAAAAGGACACAGGAAGGGACAAAAGGAAGAAGAAUACAAAUGAAGACUUGGACAUGAUAACAUACAGGAACAAGAAAAGGGAGAACAGCACAAAUGAAGACUUGGAUAUGACAACAUACAGGAACAAGAAAAAGGAGCAGAACACAAAUGAAGACUUGGACAUGACAACAUACAGGAACAUACAAGAGCUGAGAGCAGCAGGGAUUAAACUUAAGAGAGAAAAGUCACGCAGGCUCAGAGACGUGUCUUUCUCUUAUCGCUGGAUGUGUUUGUGCGCGGAACUGAUGCUUCCUGAGAUCACAGUUGAUGACACAACAGCUCCUACAUUUCUCAACUUGAUAGCAUAUGAGAUGUGUCCUGAUUUUGGCAACAACUUCGAGAUUUGUUCCUUCGUGGCCUUCAUGGACUCGCUUAUCGACCAUCCUGAGGAUGUGAAGGAGCUGAGAGCAGCAAAGGUUCUGCACAAUGCCCUUGGGAGUGAUGAGGAAGUGGCAAAGCUCUUCAACACCAUAAGCACUGACUUGGUGCCCGACACGGAGAGUUAUUCGCAUGUUAGAUGCCAAAUUGAGAAGCAUUAUAGGAGCAAAUACAGGACAUGGAUAGCUCUUGGUUAUCAUACGUACUUUAGUAACCCUUGGGCAAUCAUUGCUUUCCAUGCUGCUCUUGUUGCUCUAGUUCUCACUUUCAUCCAAACUUGGCUUGCUAUUCACCCUGUUGGCUAGUUCACUCACCAGUCACCAUGUCAACCAGAUUGAAAUUACUUGUCUUUGCUUUCAUUUUCUGUAGACAAAAUUUAGAUGCAGUUCUUAAAUACUUUUGGUGUUUUUUAAUCAAAAUUGGGAGUUUUACCACAUAAUAAAGGUUUGCAAUAGAAGUGCAUCUAAAUUUUAUCUAUCUUCUAUUCACUUCUCUAUUUGUUUUGUAAUUAAAAUUAACAACAUUAAAAAAAUCAUUCUUUUUUUCCUGAGUAGUAUUUUGUUGGGGCAUUAAAGAAAAAGUAAUCUAUUUAUGUUUCUGUAUGAUUCAGUGUGGUAUUGCAAUUGAUCAAUCUUUGACUGUUGGUGUGCGAUUGGAAUUUGUAAUGACUGUUAAACCACAGUUACUGAUGUGUAAUAAAAGUUUUCUUUUAAG